CAACUUAUAAGGCGAAACUCUCGUCCAGACAAGUCACUCGAAAAGAGGAUAUCACAGAACACCAAACGUCUCAUUCGUCUGUUAGUUUAGGAAAAUCUUCGUCAUGAAGUUUCACAGCGUGGCCCUAUCUCUGUCGCUGCUGGUCGUUGCAAAACUGAGUCACGGCCUCCCAGCCGCAGUCACGGCCCCUCCUCAGGUGGCCGCUCAGUGCCCCUACACCCCGGGGCCGGUCCCUCUGUUGCUGCCCAACCCCUUCGACUGCGGCUCCUUCUACAUGUGCAGCUGGUAUGGGACGGCCCUGUUGCAGCACUGUCCUCCUGUGCUGCACUUCAACGCCAAACUGCAGGUGUGUGACUCUCCUGCAAACGCCAACUGUGUCCAGAGAACCACAGCUGCUCCUGCCUCCAUCACCACUACUGCUGCUCCAAUCUCCAAUGUGACAUCAGCUCUUCCUGUCUCCAAUGUAACUACAGCAGCCCCAACUUCAAUAACUACAGCUGUUCCAAUCAACAAUGCGACCACAGUCGACGUCUCCAGCGUGACUACAUCUUUUCCAAACUCCACUGUAACCGUGGUCCAUGUAUCCAGGGCCGUGACGGCGGCUGGAAGUCACGGCCUCCCAGCCGCCGUCACGGCCCCUCCUCAGGUGGCCGCUCAGUGUCCCUACACCCCGGGGCCGGUCCCUCUGUUGCUGCCCAACCCCGUCGACUGCGGUUCCUUCUACAUGUGCAGCUGGUAUGGGACAGCCUUUUUGCAGCACUGUCCUCCUGUGCUGCACUUCAACGCCAAACUGCAGGUGUGUGACUCUCCUGCAAACGCCAACUGUGUCCAGAGAACCACAGCUGCUCCUGCCUCCAACACCACUACUGCUGCUCCAACCUCCAAUAGGACAUCAGCUGUUCCUGUUUCCAACGUAACUACAGCUGCCCCAACUUCAAAUAUAACUACAGCUGUUCCAAUCAACAAUGCGACUAUAGUUGUUACUUCUCCAGCGUGACCUUAUCCUUUCCAAAAUCCACUGUAACCGUAGCUGCAUCCAGCUGGGCCAUGCAGCUACGAUUAUGCAGUCACUAUCAAGAUGGUUCCUAAUGUGUCAUGCAUUUACUUUGCAAUAAACCUUUUGAAUACAAG